CGUGGCCGCGAUGGACGUGAGCCCCUCCCUCCGGCUGGACGAGCACUUCAAGGCCGACCUGUUCGACCUGGUGUCCUACUCGGAGUACGACCUGGGCGCCGGCCUCGGGACGGAGUGGGGCGCCCUGGACGACAUCGUGGGCCGCACCGUCAACAACAACAACGUGACGGUGGGAGACGUCAUGGCGCCCACGUGGCCCUGCAGCAACUACCAGGACCCGCCCACGCCCACGCCGCCGCCCAUGAGCGUGCACCCGCCCCACGAGAAGGACAAGGAGACGAGCGACAAGAUGUGGGGCGGCGGCGGCGGCGGCACGACGGAGAAGGUGGUCAACAGCGCCACCGGCAACACCAUCAUCAUCACCUUCCCGCCCACGGAGUCGCAGCCCGUGCCCGACACCUCGGAGGCCGCCCACAACCCUUCGCCGCCCAUGACGGAGCACAACAACCUCGAGCUCUUCACCUCCAUCCUCAACGAGAAGCCGUACGACGUGCUCGUGUCGCACAACCACCGCUCGCCCGCCUCCGACUGCGUCUCCUACGUGAGCGCCGGCUCCGGCUACAGCGACUCCGGCAUCUCGACGUCGCUCGAGGACACGGCGUCGCCCAACGCCGGCGGACACGACCACGUCGACUUCGACCGCCUGGUCGACUCGGCCGUCGACUCGCUCGUGUACUCCCCCGGCGCGGGCGGCCUCCCCCCCGUCGACGACAGCUCCGCCAUGGACAGCAGCAGCGGCGCCUACAUGACCACGACGCAGCUGCCGUACCUGACCCCGGUGACGCAGAGCGGGGACGUGUCCUCCAUCCUGGAGGGGGCGCUCAGAGGCACCGUGCGGCGGCCCGGCGGCCCGACGCAGCCGCUGCCGCCGCUGCCGCCGCUCACCAAGAUAUCGGAGGCGAAGACGCUCACCCUCAUGUCCAACAUGACGCCUCUGCCGCCCCUGACGUCCGCGUUCAAGGCGGAGCAGCUGAACGGCGUGGCCGGCUCGACGCAGAUCAGCAGCAGCAACGGCAUGUACGUCACGACCGGCUACGACUACCACCCGGCCCCCGUCGAGGAGCUGACGAGCCUGGACGUGUCGUUCAACAAGCUGUCCACCACCAACACGUCCAAGAUGGACCAGCAGCCCGACACCAAGCCCAAGAAGCGCAAGUACACCAAGCGGGCGGCCGGCGAGGAGCCGUCCACCAAGGGCCGCCUCCUGCACUUCUGCCACAUCUGCAACAAAGGCUUCAAAGACAAGUACAGCGUGAACGUGCACAUCCGCACCCACACCGGCGAGAAGCCCUUCACGUGUGAGCUGUGCGGCAAGUGCUUCCGGCAGAAGGCCCACCUGGCCAAGCACAUACAGAUCCACACCGCGCCGAAGCCCCCGGGAAAGAGGUGAGCGAGGCCGGAGGACCGAAGCC